AUGGACAACCCGCAAUAUUAUCAACCGCUUUCUCAUGCCCUCAACCCGCCCUACUCGUCGAGCAACAGUCGCUCAGCGCAGUAUCAAUCAUACAACUCCCACGCUAACACAACAUCUGCCAACGCUGCGAAUGGGGCGGCGAACAACGCCGACGACGACGAGGAAGAAGAGGAGGAGGACGUAGUCGAGGAGGAGCUUGCGGGGAACACCCGUCGCGCGGACGGCAACAAUGCCGCCUCGCCAGAGCAGAACAGACAAACAGGAGGUCAGUCGGACGCUGCCCCCGCCCAGCAACAACAGCAGCCAGCCCCUGAACCGCCGAAACCCGCUCCUGAUCCCAGCACGUAUGCGAAGCGUCGCCCUGGCAGGCCGAAGGGGUCCAAGACGAAGAGGGCAACGCAACCGACCGAGACUGUGGCACCGACGUACGCUGGUUACUAUCCCUACGCUGCCCACGCACCGCUGCACCCAACCGGGACUGGGACGGCGCCCCCCCUGCAUCCGAGUGUAAAUGAAGGCAACCAGCAAUACUACGAAUUCCAAUGGCGCGUCCUCAAUCUGUGCUCCGAAUUCUACGGAGCCGCGGAAGAGCUAGUGAAAGCCACUCCACCGCUCGUCCUCGCGCAGUGCUAUACACACUCACCAACGAGUCCUGUCGACCCGAUCUCUAUGCUCAACGAAGCCAAAAAGCAUUGUGACAUCCUCCUCGCCAACCCUAGCUGGCUCAUCCACAACCCACCUCCGCCCAUAAUGCCCGUCAUGCCCAUCUUCCACACCUUCCCCCAGCCCCCCCUCUCUGCUCAAGCGACAAGCACGCCUACGACCGCAACCAGCCAAGCUCCCCCCUCCGCGAGUGUCGCAACCACCAGCACCACGACCUCGACGCCGGCCACGACCAUCUCGAACCCCCAGUCCUUCGUCAUGUCCCUCAGCGGUGCUGCGGCAGCCCAAAGUGCUGGCUACCCGACGCGUCCUUACUAUCAGUACAGCGGGGCGUACCAGCCGCAGGCGACGUACUAUACCACUACUGCUGCGUCUGGUGUCGGCUCGUCCACUACUGCGAACCCCUCUCUGAGUGCGGGCGCUGGUGGUGGCCCCGCGACGGGCGGGAAUUCUGGGACGUGGUCCGAUGAGGAGACGGAGCGGCUGAAGAAAUUGGCUGAGCAGAGUAAGAGUACGGGAUCGAGCGGGGAGAUCGAGUGGGACUGGGUGAUUAAUCAGUGGGGCAAUAGCAGGACCAGACACCAAAUCUUAAUAAAAGCCACCAACCUCGGGCUGAAAGAGAGCUCCGGCAGAGGCGUCAAACGGCGACGCGAAACCGAGUCGGGCGCUGGGGGUACCGCUAGCCCAGCGCCAGCUAACAACAACGCGUCGGUCCAUCACGACACGUCCAGCACGUCCGCGGCGCCACCCUCCAGCACCACCUCGACUUUCCAAGUCACUACCCAUCCCGCCCAGUCCGUGUCGCCCGUGCACAGCCACACCGCCUCGACCCCCGCGUCGGCUCAACCUUCGCCUGCGCUGCACCACCCGCAGCCCCACCAUCAGACUCAUACCCCGGUCCAAUCCCAUGCGCAGCCGCACAACACCCAGUCGCAGCAGACUUCCUCUUCCGCAUCGCAUAUGCCCUGGCCGAUGCCCACUGUCGCGUCGACGACCUCGCCUGUCAUCGCAACCUCUGAGCCGCCGAGGGGGAACUACUACCGCAACCGCGGCAAUCCGAGCCAGUCCCCGUCGAUCUCGACUUCGAAGCCGCCCUCGGGUGCCGGGGUGACGCACCAGUACAUGUACCAGCCCAGCGGCGGGCAAAGGAAAUGAAGGCCGACUUUGCAAUGAAGAAAGUAUAAAUACGGCACCCGGCAGGGCAGGAGCUGCUUUCCGUUGAUUAUAGCUUGUUUUUGUUUUUUUUUCUUGGAGAGCCAACUUGUUACGAUCCAUCGUGGUGGAAUACGGUAUAUAUAUUCACGGUGGUGCCGUUCAUUGGACUGGCCGCUAUAACGAAGUAUUGAAGUAUUGUCACUGUCUUACUAUGUAAUUCCUUAGUAUCGGCUUAUCCUUAUUUGAUCCUUGGCUUGCGCUCGG